AUGUCCUUCAUACACGUUUUUAGAGUUUUUAAAAAGAAAAAAAGUCACGUUCUAGAGCUAGAUUCGGGGUAUAACGUGAAACCAUAUUUCGACAGAUACGGUUACAUGGUACUAUUCGGUUCGUUUGUGGCCAACUUGAUAAUAGAGGGGUGCUUCGUAUCUUUCGGCAUCAUCUACAACGUACUUGUGGAAGAAUUCAACGUGACGAGGGCCAGUGCAGCCUGGGUGGGCUCUGUUUUCCAGGCUAUUCCCUUCAUCUUCGGUCCUGUGAGUAGUAUUAUAACCAACAAAUUUGGCUGCAGACGUGCGGCUAUAAUUGGCGGUUUUAUAGCCUGCUUAGGAUGGUUUUUGGGCUCCUUCAUGAACAGCAUCGCACUGUUGGUCAUCACGUUUGGCCUCAUAUCUGGGUUCGGUCUGUCGUUGGUGGUCAUUCCGUCCCUGGUCAUCGUUCCCUUUUAUUUUGUUGAGAGGAUGUCUCUCGCAGCAAGCAUCGCCAUUGGCGGAUCGGGACUGGGGACGAUAAUUUACCCGCCCAUGACGGACUACCUGAUCAGAACGUAUACCUGGCGGGGUGCUUUCCAAAUUUUGGCGGCCUCAUUUCUACACUUGGUCGUUUGCGGGGCCCUCUUCAGACUUCCUGACAGCUUUGGCAUGGGUCUUGUACAGACGGCUUUCGACUUAUCGAUCCUGAAAAAUACGGUCUUCACGUUGUUUUGUAUUCAGUCGGUGUUUUAUUACUUUGCGUUCGACACACCACUCAUGAACAUCAUCGCGUUGACCCAGCAGUGUGGCGUCAGUAGUCAGAAAGCUUCCUGGGUCCUUUCAACCUACGGAAUUGCCAACAGCUUUGGACAGAUGUUUAUUGGAUGGCUGGCCGACUUGGAGCUCUUCAACAACUUGUUCAUCUACAACUUCACCACCGUCGUGGCCGGGGCAGCAACUGUGUUGGUAGCAUUCGGCACGACUUAUACACACUUCAUCCUGUAUGCUAUCACCUUUGGGGUUUUCAUCAGCUCCAACUAUGCCCUCUGCACCGCUAUUAUCGUCGAGUAUGUAGGGAUGGAAAGUCUAUCGAAUGCUUUCGGUAUCACAUCACUGGCCGAGGGUACCGCCAUUUUGUUGGGCCCCCCUUGUGGAGGUUACCUAUUCGACCUGAAUGGCAAUUACAUUCUCACGUUUACAUGCGCCGGUCUGAUCAUCAUGCUUUCCGGGACCGUCCUAUUGUUUGUGCCAUGCUUUAACAAGUGCUUCAAUAAAAAUAAGUAA